AUGAGCGCACGCGGUGAGGGCGCCGGGCAGCCGUCCACUUCAGCGCAGGGACAACCUGCCGCCCCGGUGCCUCAGAAGAGAGGACGCGGCCGACCCAGGAAGCAGCAGCAAGAGCCGACCGGUGAGCCUUCUCCUAAGAGACCCAGGGGAAGACCUAAAGGCAGCAAGAACAAGAGCCCCUCCAAAGCGGCUCAGAAGAAAGCAGAAGCCACUGGGGAGAAACGGCCAAGAGGCAGACCCCGGAAAUGGGUGACUGCGGACCUACCCUGCUUUCCAGAACUGGAUUUACUGACAGUGUUUCACUGCUCUCUGCUGGAGAAGCCCACAGCCAGGCCAGGCGUGAGGGCUCUCCUCACUGGCGAGGAGUGCAGAUUUAUGCUGAUGGCCACACUGCGCCUGGCCGCAGACGCCGAUGGUCGUCAUGCCCCACUGACUCAGCCCCGCUUCCUGCCCAAGGAGGAGACUGAGGAGACGUCCUCACAAGAGUCCGCGGAGGAGGACUAG